GGCGGGGCCAGAGAUAACCCCGCCCCUCGGGCGACGGGGGCGAGGCCGUGGGGAUGAUGGCGCAUGCGCGGUGCCGCGGCCGUACUUAGGGCGUUCGGGCCGUGCUGGGCUCCGUGGCUGCGGGGGGCGGCGGGUGCGGCGCGGGGGCUUCGUCGGCUCCCGAGGGGUGCGCGCUCUGCUCGGCCUCGCUCCCGUCACCCCCCCGCCGUGAUCACAGCGCUGCGGUCCGCUCCUCACCGCCCCCUUCCCGAGGGGGGGGCUCCGCCAUGGCAAUGACGGGCCCGACGCCGUGCUCCUCCAUGAGCAACCACACCAAGGAGCGGGUGACGAUGACGAAGGUGACGCUGGAGAACUUCUACAGCAAUCUCAUCGCGCAGCACGAAGAGCGGGAGAUGAGACAAAAGAAGCUCGAACAAAUGAUGGAAGAAGAAGGCUUAAAAGAUGAGGAGAAAAGGAUCAGGAGAUCGGCGCACGCACAAAAAGAAACAGAAUUCCUUCGCCUGAAGAGGACAAGGCUCGGUCUGGAAGACUUUGAGUCUUUGAAAGUGAUAGGCAGAGGAGCGUUUGGAGAGGUGCGGCUUGUCCAGAAGAAAGACACGGGGCACGUUUAUGCCAUGAAAAUACUGCGUAAAGCUGAUAUGCUGGAGAAAGAGCAGGUUGGCCACAUUCGUGCUGAGCGGGACAUCCUCGUGGAGGCGGACAGCUUGUGGGUUGUCAAGAUGUUCUACAGCUUUCAGGAUAAGCUGAACCUCUACCUUAUCAUGGAGUUCCUGCCCGGAGGGGAUAUGAUGACACUCUUGAUGAAAAAAGACACGCUAACAGAAGAAGAGACACAGUUCUAUAUAGCUGAGACCGUGCUCGCCAUUGAUUCUAUUCAUCAGCUGGGCUUUAUCCAUCGAGAUAUCAAACCAGACAACCUUCUUCUGGACAGCAAGGGCCACGUGAAACUCUCGGAUUUUGGUCUGUGCACCGGCCUGAAGAAAGCCCACAGAACAGAGUUCUAUAGAAACCUGAACCACAGCCUUCCCAGUGACUUCACUUUCCAGAACAUGAAUUCCAAAAGGAAAGCGGAGACAUGGAAGAGAAACAGACGGCAGCUGGCUUUCUCUACUGUGGGGACUCCGGAUUACAUUGCUCCUGAAGUUUUCAUGCAGACGGGCUACAACAAGCUCUGUGACUGGUGGUCGCUGGGGGUCAUCAUGUACGAGAUGCUGAUUGGUUAUCCACCUUUCUGUUCUGAGACUCCUCAAGAAACGUACAAGAAAGUCAUGAAUUGGAAAGAGACCCUCACGUUUCCUCCAGAAGUCCCAAUAUCUGAUAAAGCCAAGGACCUUAUUUUAAGAUUUUGCUGUGAAUGGGAGCACAGAAUUGGUGCAUCUGGUGUGGAGGAAAUAAAGAGUAAUCCAUUCUUUGAAGGGGUUGAUUGGGAGCACAUAAGGGAGAGACCUGCUGCCAUCUCAAUAGAAAUCAAAAGCAUUGAUGAUACCUCAAACUUUGAUGAAUUUCCAGAAUCUGAUAUCCUUAAGCCAACAGUGACAACAAGCAACCAUCCAGAGACUGACUACAAGAACAAGGACUGGGUUUUCAUCAAUUACACCUACAAGCGUUUCGAGGGCCUGACAGCCCGAGGAGCAAUACCAUCCUAUAUGAAAGCAGGGAAGUAAUUAACCUUUACCUGGGACAACUUCUGAGCCGUGGAAUUCUUUUUGUACCUUGGGUUUUGACCCAUAAGUGAACUUUUUUUUAAAAAAAAUGUUACUUUUUUUUAUUUUUUAAAGAAAACUUGAGGGCUAUCACCUUUUGGAGGAGUCUUCAGGAUGCUGUUCUGUUACACACUCUGGCUGUUACUAAGGAUUUGUUCUUUUUGCACCAUUGCAAACUUCCACAAACUGUACGCCAUCACUGCUGCAAGCAUGUUCUGCUGCUUCAAGGAGCAAGAGUUACGAGUUUUCUUCCUAAAUUCUUCGCCAGAUUGUACAGUCCUUUGGGAGAUCACAGCAAGCCUCCAUGUGACAUUGCAAAGCGUGUGCUGUUCGUGUAGGCCCUUUGCCAGUCCUGCACUGCUAUACUCCAUCUGCCACUUGUGUCAGCAGUGUUUCCCUGGGGGCAAAGGACUUCAGUACAGAGGAGACAAAGCAAUAAUCAAAGCUCGAGGCAGACAACUGUGUGGUAAACUAUCCAGGAGGAGACGACUUGCAUUGCCUUAACUUCAGUUUGUAGUGGUGGGUUUUCUUUUUUUGUGAUGCUGCUUGGAAGCCUCUUCAGCAGCAUUUCUCAGCUCCGUGGCAGUGGCCUCAAGUUGCAGCGCACUUUACUUUUGGUACUAAAGCAGUGACCCCCCUCAAAGCCAUUUAAUAUUUUUCUAAAUUAAAAACAAUUGCACAAUACUUCUUCAUUCUCCAGACAGUGCUAAGAGAAAUGGGCCGCUUCCUCCACCACGUACCACCAGUUCUCAGUUCCUGUAUGGAAGGAUGCAUGUAGAAGCAAUGCAGAUAAGGAAGGCUACAGCUGGAUGUGGAGUCAGUGCAGAGAGAUGGAGGAAAAACUCAUUUCAGCUGCUCUGUGCUGGGGGUGUGGGUCCAGCUGGGUCUGCCAUGGGCUUCCUGCUGCUGCCAUCUGUUGGCCACUUCGAGAUGGGCAUCUUCAUCAGUUGUAAAAACCAUCCUCUGUGGCCUUCUUGCUCUUGGUGUGGAGCAGAAGCAGCUGUCCCUGUGGUCUCCAAAAGACAUGGUGCUCAUAGGGUCGGUUUGGCGUACUUUAAAUUCUGCCUCGUGUCAUUUAUACAAGUUCUGAUCAGGCUGCUCUCCAGGAGAGCCCCAAAGUGCCUUUCCUUGCCAACACCUCUGGGAACACGCCUGCAUUUUGGGAGGGAGGAUUCUCUCAGAUGAGCUUUUGAUAAUUUCUUUUUAUAAUCAUGAGCUCCGCUUUGCCCCCAGGGGCAGGUGGCAUUACCCUUUGGGCUUGCUUGGUACCAGUCUUGUAAUGUGCAAUUAGACGUUUUCAAAAUUAUAAGGAGGUCUCUCGAAGCAUUUGUUACUUAGAACUGUCCUAAGGUUGUUAAACCUUUGUUGGUGCUGAACACUAAUGGCAUAGUAUGGCCAGAAAAGCUAUUUAGAAACAAAAUAAGAGCUAGAGCAGUGUUUCAAAGUGAUAGGAAGGCUUUCUGUUACACUUAGUCCUAACUUUCUAGAUUAGGAAGUGAAAGGAAAUAGGGUUUGUUGUGAAUUUUUUAAUAGGUGCUUUUAAGGGCUUUUCACCUCAUUGUCUUUUGAAUUGAGUGCCAUUGUGGGGGACUGGAGGUUGUCUGUAUCUAGCAAAGAUUGGGUGGUGACUUGUUGCAUCCUCUCCCUGACCACCCCUGUGCUUUUGGGAUGUGUCCUAGGAGUUGAACUAUUUGCCAUGAGCAGCUUAGAUACCAGUUGGAUCCUAGAAAAGCUGAAAUGCAAGACUAGCCUUAACAGAAGCACCAGGAGCACUGUAGUCAGGAGAAAUUCCUCAUGAAUAAGGGCUAACUGAAGUAAUGACUUACAGGAUCGGGCUUGUUCUCAGCUGGUCAGUAAUGUGACAUCCUGCCCUCCUUUGUUUCUGUGGAGGGCUGAUAGCUACUCCUCAAAUUGUCCUGUCCUCAUCCUGCAGUUCAUUUUGAACCAUUGGAAAAUGUGGCCUUAUAAACCACCAGGAAAGUGAAAGGUAUUGAUACUGAAACACUUAAAAAUUCCCAACAGCUUAGUGACUGCCUUAACAUUUAGGAAAGCAAAAUCCUUUGAAGCUGCAGUGGAUUAGGACAAAGGCUUUGGGGGCAGUAGUGGCAUUAUUAGCCCUUUACUUAAAGGGACCGGAAAUUUCAUUUAUAAAUACCAAAGAUGAGAGAAGCUGUACCACUCGAAGUUGUGAUAACUUGCUGUGAGAAUCUCUAAUAAUAUGUAUUGUGCAUUUUUAGUGCAUGUGUUGUUUUCUUUUUUUUCCUAAAGUCUUCUGAAACCUCAGUUUUCGAGUUGAGUUAAAGCUUUUACAAGGCAUAAGGAACAGCUGGGUACCUCAUUUCUGUGCCUUUCAGUAGGAGCCACAGGGCUGCAUACAAUCCUCUGAAAGCCUUGGACAUCCCCUUCUGCUGCUGGGCUUUGUAUCACACUUGCACCUGCUUCCUCUUGCAGGUGUUAACCAAGCACCUGCUGCUUCCAGGAGCUGUGCUUUAAGGUUUGGGUCUGUUUGUUCCCUCCCCCAUCUGACAGCCCAACACUUGUAUCAGCUGCUGGCUUGUGUAUUGAGCUCAUGUGUAUCUCUUAGCUCUCUUCAAGCUGCUAGCAGGUUGUUGAUUGCAUUUCAUACCCAGCUGGAUUUCUAGGGAAGAUUCUCAUCGGAAUUUCCAGUGAAUCUGAACUCAAGUUGUGCUGCCACUUCAUCUUUGUACCAUGCCUUGCGUAAACCUGCACCAAGUGUUUCUUA